AUGCAUAUUACUGUUAAUAUCAUCAAUGCACUUGUCAAAGUUCAUAGUGAAGAUGCGAUUCAUAGGGAUUUGCAUUCUGGAAACAUAUUAUAUUCACAAAUUUAUGAUAAUUGGUACAUCAGUGAUCUUGGAUUUUAUGGUCCUGCUGAUAAGCCAUUAAAAUGCAUCUAUGGGAAUCUUCCUUAUAUAGCUCCUGAAGUUAUUACUGGAAAAGAAUAUACAAAAGCAUCUGAUGUUUAUAGUAUUCCUUUAGAAUAUAAAGACUUGAUGGAACAAUGUUGUAAUGCAGAUCCAUCACAAAGACCCAAUAGUUAUGCAAUUAGACAUAAAAUAUUUGAAAUGAAUAAAUUAUAUUAUGAAUCGGAUGAAAAAAAAACAGCAGCAGAAGCUGUUUUACUUGAUCCAGGUUUAAACAGUACUAGACUGGAAGCAUCAUUAAUCCAUUCUCUACAUUUGAAGUACCAACAAACGAUGCAUGAAAAUCAGAAAUAUCAAAGGAGAGAUAACAAUGAAGAAAG